AUGCUCGCGGUGGAUUGUCUCUGGCCGCUGGUGGUAGAGGGGUACAGCCACGACGAGAAGAUCUCGAGUUGUUUCUCGGUGGCAGCGACUAUCAUCCACGAGCUUGCUGCCGACGUCGUCGUCAUCGUCGUCUUGGAUGUCCAUCGGCCAUGGUUGGAAGAAGCCGCGCCGAGGAGGGGUCACGCCGUGAACUACGCACACAUACAUUGGCUCUACAGGCCGGGCCCGGCGGCCGACCAGGUGGCAGACUUCCAGAAACACCCCGAGUUGGAGCAGAAGCUCGUCGAUAUUGGCGAGAGUCUCUUUGGGAAGCAGGAUUUGAAGAAGCUGAACCCCAUCGAGCCGUACUUUGAGAACCAACAGAAGAGCGAGCUGGGAUUUGCCACCGAUGGCCAUGUCUUUGGAGGGAGCAACUGGCAGACCCUGAGCCAGUCCAACUUGUCAUUCAAGCAUCUCAAUUUUCUCCCCUCAGGAUCCCUGAUGGUGCGAUGGCCCACCGGCUUCAACUACAGCCACGGCCGCAUGCAGACGUGGGAAGAGCUCAAGAAGAGCCCCGCGGCGAUGGUGCUACGGACGCCCCCGAUCGUCGUCGACACGUAUCGGGUGCCGGUCAAGGUGGCCGAGGUCGCCCGGCUCUUCUCCGAGGGCUUCUGGCGGUCCGAGGUGGUCAAGUUCGGCACGGCGGCGCUCAAGCUCGGCACAGCCGACCCGACCCGCGUCCGGUUCCUCUUGGACGACCCGGUGCCCGUCACCAAGAGGACCGGCGACAUCUCAGACAUCUGCGAGAAGGUCAUGGAGCUCUACCCGGAUGCCGACAAGCUGGCCGAGCUUGGCGGCAUCGUGUGGGAGUUCCUCGACCGCCUGCUGCUCGAGUACUUCCUCUACCCGACGGUCCGCUUCCGCUGGCAAAAGGACUACAACAACCUCUACACCCGCCUGGGCGCCAUCGACCUCGGCGCGAAGCAGUUCAGUCUCGCCAUCAAAGAGGUCCAGAUCCUGGAUCAGUAUCUGCGGUGUAGUGCGCGUGCCCGGAGAGGAGGGGGUAACGUCGCCGCGCAGUUGGACGCCUGGAAAACGACCACGCUGCAGCUGUACCGCGCCCAGAUCCAGAAGUGCAGGGACUCGAGCUCCAAGGUAUCGUUCGAGCUCCCGCUCGGCUCGGACAGGCUGCAGAAUGACGCCACGUUCUGGGACCGCAUCGGCGAGGUGGGCACGUUCGCGCAGCGGCGGUUCGACGGCCUGCUGCGGACGCUGUACGACCUGCUGUCGACCGAGAUCGACCGCAUCCACGAGAUGUACAUCGACAUCUACCGGCUGAGCCCGGAGGAGAGGGGGAGAAUGCGGCGGCGCAAGUGCGUCCAGAACCUCCUGGGCCGCCUCGACAUCCUCGAGAAGGCGUGCCGCCACACCAUCGUCGGCCACGGCGGCAUCUCGGCCCUCCGCCUCUCGUUCGACGUGAGGCCGCACUUUGCGCAGAGCUUCACGGUGCUCAUGCAGCGCAUCAAGGAGCUCGUCCCCUGGGCCCACGACGUCCGCGAGAUCAACCCGGCCAACGCGCACCGCCUGACGCCCUUCAUCCCGAACAUCCGCAAGGCGAGGCGGCCGGCCUCGGCGCGCAUGGUCAAGCUGGCGCAAAAGGAGAUCAACCUGAUGUCGGUGGAGGACCUGAUCGCCAUCGAGCCGUUCCUCUUGUUCGUGAAACACCGUCUCGAGGCGGCGGAUGCCAUCGAGAUGGACCUGACCAAGGACCAGAAGGACCACCUCGAGCUCAUCGUGGAGCGGAUGAAGGCAGCGUACGUCCCCGCGGCCGCCGACGACGACGGCGGCGACGACGACAACUCGUCCGAGGAAGGCGAACCGCUCACGAAGAUCAUCCGGAAGCGGAAGAACCGCGGCGACGACCUGGCGUCUGGGCAGCACGUCGUCAGACGCAGGAGGAUCUACGUGCCGCGGCUGUCCCCCCCGGUGCUGAGGCACCCGAGGCCGUUGUCGAGCUCCACGCGGCCACCGCACGAUCACUGGCGGCGCCGGCGGUCGUUCGGCGGCAUCGGCAGUGCGGCAAGGAGGGGCCCCUCGGUGGCCAGCCCGAGCCUGCAGCCUCCCCUGCCGAACCCUUUCGCCUCCAUGCCCUCCAUCACGUUCCCGCUGGCGAACCAGGGCCUAUCGCCCGCGUUCUCGAGCCAGAUCGUCCUCGGGCCUUUCAUCGGCGUCGCUGCCACCGCGGCCGCCGCCAUCGCUCGGUUCGCCGCUGCAGUUUAG